AUGCUAAGGGUUCGAAUCCCUUAUCCCGUACCAGAUAACAGCAUGCCUUUAAUUCCUUGGGAGUAUUUAGAAAAACAUCUUAUUUUGUCUUCCCCUCAGCCAGCCGCAAUAGCCGAGAAGUUAACAGCGUGUGGCCUUGAAACCAAUUUAAUCACCCAAGAAAAAGAUAUUUACUUGGAAUUUACUACUCUGGCUAAUCGUAUCCUGUUAAAUUGCCAAAUUAAGUUGCCUUCCUUAACCAACAAAAAAAAUCUAGAAAAAAAGGGGAUAAGAGCAAAUAUCGCCACUGAUAAUUGUUCCGAAUUUCAUUGCGGGCUAAUCAAAAAUGUUGUUAUUAGAGAGAGUUCUCCCGUCCUAAAAAAAAUAUUAGCAACUAAUAAUAUUCGUUCGAUUAAUAAUGUAGUAGAUUUGGCUAAUUUGGUGAUGUUGGAAACCGGACAACCUUUCCAUUUGAUUGAUUACGACACUUUGCCUCAAAAAAAUUCAAUUGAGGUGCGACAAGCCCAGAAAAAAGAACGGAUGAUUACUAUUUCAGGACAAAGAUUAACUUUAAGUGCAGAUGAUAUUGUGAUUAGUUCGGGGCAAAAAAUUAUUAGUCUGGCAGGGGUUAUCGGUGCAAAAAAAAAUUCUCUAACUCCUCACGCCCAAAAUAUCCUUAUUGAAUGUGGAACUUUUUCUUCGCCUAGCAUUAAGUCUACUUCCUCUCGCCUGGCUCUUACUACUAAAUCUAGUCAAUAUUUCGAAAAAGAAGUCAAUUUAACUGGACAGGCUUUUUCUUCUUUCUAUUACUUAACUUCUCUUAUCCAAGAAUUAAGUGGUCCAAUUUACUAUUUAAACGCUCCUUUUUAUCGCUCUGAUCUAACUAGGGCCGAAGAUUUAAUAGAGGAAAUAUUAAGAAUUUACGAUUACAAUAAAAUACCGAGUUCUUUACCAACCUGGCAAAAAGUAAAUGUUAAAAUUAUUAGUUAUUCUCUAAUUUCCGAAAAAGAAAAGGAAGAUUUUCUUCCGCCUGCCAAGGACUUUUAUCAAUUAUUGUUUCCUAAAAGUGAAAAUCACCGCUAUUAUCGACAAUCCUUAAUUCCUAGUCAUAACCAAAUUAUUAAUUACAAUCUUGCUCACGGCAGCCAGGAUUUGCGGCUUUUCGAAAUUGCCUCGAUUUACGGAAAAACCCAAUCAGAAAUGUUGUCAGAAGAAUUACUUACUUUGAGUGCGACGGGAAAAAUUUUUAACCAACCGUUUCCCCGUGUAAUUUCUCAUCUUCCUGUUUCUAAUUUUCCUGCUAGCGAAAAAGACUUGUCGCUUAUUUUUGCCCAAGAUAUCAAUUAUAACGAAGUUAUUAAGGAAAUCAAGCGAGCGGGAGGAGAAGAUUUGUGCCAAGUAAGCAUUUUUGAUGUUUAUCAAAACCCAGCAUUGGUUAAAGAAGGAAAAAAAUCAGUCAGUUUUCGUUUAGUCUUUCAAAGUUCCACUAAAACUUUGGAAAAAUUAGAAAUAGAAAAAACCGUUACGCAAAUUACUGCUUGUUUAAUUGAAUUAUUUCGGGCCACAAAAAGAAGUUAG